GCCCACCCGCUGACUGACAGUACACGGAGGGCCACCCUGCCGAAGAGACACAAGGUAGACGAUAGAACACACACGGCCAUGGAAAAGUCAAUGAACAUGUUUUCCGAGGCAUGCCUAACCAGUGAUGUGGCGCUUGUAGUCGAGGGUAAAAAGCUGCACGUGAACAAAACAGUACUUUCGAUUGCAUCUCCAGUCUUUGAAAAAAUGUUCUUUGGGGAAUUCAAAGAGAAAACCUUAUUAGAAGUUCCGCUACCCGAGAAGACAUACGACGACAUGGUAGAGCUGCUUCUGUGCAUUUACCCAUCGACCACCAAUCCGAUCACAGCAGACAACAUUGACGCACUACUUCCAUUAGCGGAGGAAUACCUUAUGACGUCACUAAAACAACGCUGUCGCACGUUUGUCACAACCUACCUGAAACUAAACGUGAAAACUCUAUCUAAGUCUCAGCUGGUACAUUUCAUGCAUCUAGCAGACAAAUAUGACUUUAAUGAUGUUCUUGAGGAUUGUCUGACCCAGGCUGUGUACAUUGAAUACAGUGAUGUCAAUGGGCUACAACACCAGGAGGGGUUCCAAGAUCUCUGCGACAAGACAGCUGUCCAGUUCUUUAAGCGACGAUUGGUGUUGGUGGAGGGACUUGUCAGACCGGUUUUGGAGAGCUCCACCACUGCUUCCGGGAACCUCCAAGAGGACUUCCAGACUAUCAUCAGCGGCAAGUGUAACGAGUUCUCCCACCGCCAUGCAAGGCACGAAUGUCGAGAAUGUAAGGCUGUGUGUUGCGGGCGAUGUCGGAAGCUCGGCACUGAAGCGAUGGAAGAUUUAGCUCACGUUAUCAAGAAUAUGCUGCCUGCUUUCAAAGAGUCUGAAUAGUGAUCGUUUUACAAGUCAGACGUACAUUUUGAUCUUAGGAUACGGACAUUCACCAAACAAUUGAGAAUGUCAGUAAUGAAUUGGAGAAUAAAUCAUUUUUCAUCUCAGUCAAUAGCACAAAAGCAAAAUCAAGGCGACCUGUAAAUAAACGAGACCUGGCCAACCAUUGGCUUAACACCGAUCCAUAGUUUCCAUGUACAUACUCAAACAGUUGACACCGGAUCCUCAUUUAAGUCGUCUUUUACACCAAUCCUGUUUAUUUGGGACGUCCACAACGAGGACUUUGUUAAAGACAAAUUGUGGGACACGUGAAUGUUGUUAAUCCACGUGUAUUGUCAUCGUGCAUAAUCAUCAGUUUGACGGCAGUAUGUUUUAUAGAGUCGUUUACGAUGUUUUGAGAAC